AUGAACCUCCCAGGCCGGCCGCCGGCCACUGUGCGCUGGCUGCGGGACGGCCGCGUGCUGGAGGCGGCGGAGACGCGGCCCGACGCCGAGGGCGGGCCCUGGUCGGUGCGUAGCCUGCUGGUCGUGGCGGCGCUCUCCAGGGCCGACCUGCACGCGACGCUCACCUGCCGCGCCAGCAACUCGCCGCUAGCGCCGCCCGUCGAGGCCACAGUGCGCCUGGACCUAUACCUGAGACCGCUGUGGGCCAGCAUCAUGGGCGAGCGCAUUCCCUUGUCGGCGGGCCGCCCGCACGACAUCCAGUGCCGCAGUGCGGGAUCGCGGCCGCCAGCCAACAUCACAUGGUGGAUCGACAACGCCGGCAUCGAUGCCCUCACGCACAAGGUGUCUCCGGACUUGAACGAGACAGUGUCGACGCUGCGCCUGACGGCGGGCGCCAGUGACCACGACCGAGUGGUCACGUGCCGCGCGGAGAACAGCCACGUCCGGGGCGGCGUCGAGGAGGACUCGUGGCGACUCGACGUCUACUUCAUGCCAAUGGUGCAGCUCCAUCUGGGACCGAACCUGGCAGCUGAGAACAUCAAGGAAGGCAGCGACGUCUACUUUGAAUGCAAGAUGAGGGCUAAUCCAGCAGCCUACAAGGUUGUUUGGACAAAUAAUGGCGAGGUGAUACUGCACAACACGUCGGCGGGCGUGAUUGUCAGCAGCAGCCACCUGGCCCUGCAGUCGGUGACCCGCAAGCAGGCCGGCAGCUACUCCUGCAUCGCGUCCAACGUCGAGGGCGACGGCCGCAGCAACGUCGUCAACCUCGCCGUCAAGUAUAAGCCGGUGUGUCACGAGGGCGAGCAGCGGCCGGUGACGAUAGCGGUGGGUCUGGGCGAGCGCGCCACCGUCAAUUGCAGCGUGGACGCGCUGCCGACGGCCGACUCGUUCCGCUGGUCGCUAGGCAACAGCUCGUACCUGCCCGGGCUCGACCCCGCGAUCGCAGCGCCGCCGCCACCCGACUCCGGCGCCGGACAGUCGCUGCAACUCAUCCCCCUGUCGCAGAGCGAUUACGGCACCCUGCUCUGCUGGGCCUCGAACGCUGUCGGCAUCCAGGUCGCCCCUUGUGUCUUCCAUAUUGUGCCAGCAGGUAAGCCGGACCCAGCGAGCAACUGCACGCUGGUGAACCAGACGUCGACGUCGCUGCAGCUGGAGUGCCUGGAGGGCUUCGACGGCGGCCGGCCGCAGCGGUUCGAGCUGCUGGUGGAGGAGGUGUCCACCGGCCGGCUGCUGUCCAAUGUCACCUCCCGCUGGCCAUCCUUCGGCGUGGCGGGCCUGCGGGCCGGCCAGGCGCUGCGCCUCACCGUCACCGCCUUCAACAGCCGCGGCCGCUCCAUGUCCGUCGCGCUGGACGCCUACACGCUCAAGGCUGCGGAGCUCCGAACAGGCGUGCCGGUGCCGUUCGAGCUGACGCCGAUCCUGAGCGUGCUGCUGAGCGUGGCGACGGUGCUGCUGCUGGCCGUGGCGGGCAUCGUGGGCUCGCAGCGCGUGCGCUCCAGCAAGCAGCGGCAGCAGGACGCGGGCGCCAUCAAGGCCGGCCCCGACGUCGAGGACCCCAACCCCGACCUCAUCCCGCCCACCAGAGGUGUGGUCGCAGCCGGCGCCACCCCGCAGGACUCCCCUGGGAACGACGCGGCGCCGAGACACCCGCAACUGGUGCCGGGCGUCGCCGCCGCUGCUGACCGCAACACCACCGGGCCCUUCUACCAGGCGCCCAGGCUCUGGACGCUGCGCCAGACGGACCAGUCCCACAUCGCUGGGAUGAAGGUGCUGGAACCAGUGCUCUCGGAGCAGCAAGUACUGGACCGGGGACGCAGCGCACCGAUCCAGCUGGGCAUGCAACAGCCACAGAAGCCCAGAGACCUGGUGGCUCUCAGGCGGGGCUCCACGGUGGCUACCGAAGUGCUUCCGGAGGACACGCAACAGGAGAGCUGCGUCUAGGUUACCCACAGCACGCAACAAAGAAAACAUAUUUACUGCAGAGUCCACUGGAGCCAUAACUCCAACAAUUAAUGCGGUCGUGGUUGCUUCUCAUCAGUAAAGUUACGAGUAGCAUGGAAAUUCCACACAUGACGCUCUAAUUUUACAACUUAAACUCUUAGUGCAAAGGAAGACAAUCAGCAGGGAUGCCUAUCGAAGGUACGUGCAAAUCGCAGCAUCAAUAAUGCAGUUAGGUGCUACUUACGCACUGAAGAGAGCUAAGGUGGCUCAGUACGUCAGGAAUCUAUGGUUACCGGCUAACGGCCCUUUCGAUAUCCCUACGGUCGUACAGCUUGGCACGAAUUCGCCAGUUUUUGCUACAGUUAUCCAGCACUGUGUUGGAAAAACUCAUUUUCGCAAACUGUCAAAAUGUUCGCAUAUAUUCAGCAUCAAUGACAGUAAUGGACGAAUGAGUAAGUAUACGGGUACAGAUAAGGUAAUAAGUUCGAAGCUGUUACCGCAAUAUUUCAGUCUGUUGCUUCUGCUUCCCUAGUUCUUCACAACCACAAUAUUAUUGUGACAGACUUAAAUUAUUUCUUCGUGUUGCAUUGAUUACAUCUCAUGACAGAAAGAUGAAAAUAUCUCUGCCAGGACUUCCUGCCAUCGAAUAGGUCUUCGAAACGAGCACUGUAUGUUGGAAAUCUUAUGAACAGAGAACUGUACUCACUAUCUUCUUAAACACGUUAUCAUGCUUUCUUCUUCUAACCUGAUUGCAUUAUUAAACUUCAUAUGUCUCCAGGCUUUAUUAUGGCCAGCAUUGCAGUUAAUGUCAUAUGUUCUUUUAAAUUAUAUGAGAAUCAGGUAUUUUCCUUUCAGCCAUAAGGGUAUACUGCAGUUAAAUUUAAAUGUACGUAAAAGUUAAGAAUAAUCCCUACUUAUAUUGGUAUACUCUUCAGUUUUAUGACUCUGGGGCAAUUAUUUUUUACUGACUGUUAAGACAGGUGACACGAAAUUAUCUAAUAUGACGGCUACUACUUUUCAUUUCAACUUUGCGAGCCUUGGCAUGGUAAACGAAACUGAGUACAACCUAAAAAUGUUCGGAGGAUUGAAGCAGCAGGCGGAUUUUUGUUACUACCGGGAGCAAUCAUAUUCCUGGAGAUACGUAAAUCAAUAACUCAUUGAUGUUAUUCUGUUUAGCGACUAGGACGCUUCAUCGUUGUGCAGCUGUGGGAGAUUUGUGUGUAACUUAACUACUCAUAAAAUUUUAUAAUGUUUGAAUGAUUACAAUUAUUCAAAAUGGGAUAAGGAAAAAAAAACUGGGCAUGACUAACUUAUACACAUUAUUUAAAUAUUCCAUUCAGCUUGAGUAAACUUUUACACAAAAAUGUGGAUGGAUUAUACUAUAAUUGUUUGGAGCAAUGCGUGACCAGAUCAAAGAGAAACAGGCGUGAAAGUCUAUAUUACUUCCGAAUUUGAAUCCAGCCCGUAAGCUGCAAAGCAUAUCGCUAUGUGUAACGGAUCCCGUAAAUCUACAGACUCUCUAUUAAGGUAUUUAGAGAACGAGAUAAAAUCUGGCUUCUUAUAGACAGUGUGUGAACGAUUUUGUGUAGGUAAAACUUACAACGGAUAAUGUAUGUAUUUUUUUGUAACGUACUGAAAUGUUUCUUACGGAUA